AUUUAUUUAUUAUAUAUUAGUUUUCUUAUUUUUUCAUAUGCAAAUUGCAAACAAGUAACAAAAGGCAAAAGAGAUAGAUGAUGAAAAAGGAAAAGCAAGUGCUUCCUAUAGUGUGGAGUAUGUGAGAAUCAUGUGAAGUGCCGCCAUCUCUCUCUCUCUCUCUCUCUCCAUUGAUCAAAAGCUUUCAACUUUGUCAAAUUUUAACAAAAAUAAAACGUACCCUUUUUGUGAGAGCGCUUCGUCUUCUUCUUCUUGGUUUUCAAUACCUGCAUGCUCAUUUGCUACACAAGCAACAAAUUCCCCACUGACUAUAUUCCCACAGUGUUUGAUAAUUUCAGUGCAAAUGUGGUAGUUGAAGGCACAACUGUCAAUUUAGGCCUUUGGGACACUGCUGGGCAAGAGGACUACAAUAGAUUGAGGCCUCUGAGCUACAGAGGCGCAGAUGUAUUUGUAUUGGCUUUCUCUCUUGUUAGUGGCGCGAGCUAUGAGAAUGUCUUGAAGAAGUGGAUCCCGGAGCUGCAGCAUUUUGCCCCUGGUGUUCCAGUGGUACUAGUUGGCACCAAAUUAGAUCUUCGCGAAGACAAGCACUAUCUAGCCGAUCAUCCCAGUCUGGUGCCUGUGACUCGUGAGCAGGGGGAGGAACUACGGAAACGAAUAGGAGCUAGCUAUUAUAUUGAGUGCAGCUCAAAAACUCAGCAGAAUGUGAAGGCUGUUUUCGAUGCGGCAAUCAAGGUGGUGAUCAAGCCUCCACAGAAGCAACAAGAGAAGAAGAAGAAACCGCGUCCCGGGUGUCUAUUGAAUAUCUUCUGUGGAAGGAAUAUUGUUGGUCUUAAAUGAAACAAAUCAUCAUCACCUGAAGGCUUUUUCACUUGUCAUAGGUGGGAAGUUAUUAUUUUGUAUCAACGUUUGCAGCAUAGCUAUAUAUAUAUAUAAUGAUAUGUAUGUAUUAGGAAAUUUAAGCUAAGCUCUUAGAUCUGAUUUCUUGUAAGUAAAGAACAAUUGGCCCUUUUUUUUACUUUGGCUAUUUGUUUAUUAUUUUAUUUUGGUUUGAUAUGCAUAUUGAUAUAUAAUUAUAGUUGGUUCACUUGAAAAUUGUAACGAAGUGCUAGGAGUGAAGACAUGAUUACAUUUGUUUUGCUUAUUCAGCCGAAUCAAUUGUUAAAGAAAAAUGUUUUGCU